AUGACUUUCUAUCGGAUUGUAGAACAAAAGGUAGCUGGAGCAUUCAUCACAUACGGGCGCUUCAUUGCAAGGUGGCCAUGGUUCGCCAUUUUCUUCAGUGUCAUGCUGAACGGAAUUCUUGGAAUAAACAUAUACUGGCUUUCCCAUGACACCAACCUUGAACGGUUGUAUAACCCUACAAACAGCGAAGCAGAGAGGAAUCGAGCUGAGGCUAAGCGGAUUUUCCCGGAAGCGAGCGGAACCAACUUUGAGCACCACAGUUUAAACGACCUUGGUCUCUAUGGAGAGAUCAUUAUCAGACCGAAAUCUAGUAAGAACAUACUUAACAAAACAUAUAUUGGGGAAAUGAGGAAGCUGUUCGCCACAAUUAACAACAUUUCUGUAACGGGAGACGAUGGCGAAGUUCAUAAUUACGAGAGUCUGUGCGCUAGGCGAAACGGAGCGUGCAUUGUUGAUGGCUUGUAUCUUAUCACCGACGCUUUCUGGAGAAAACUCGAAUCCAGACAGAUUAAAGAGGACAUCAUGUUUGGAAUAAGCACUUUGGGUGAACCUGUAUUUAUCAACAAUUCACUGGUGUCGGCUACAGGUAUAAAGAUGCAGUACAAUCUUCGACAGGACACUCCCGCCUACAAGUCUUUAGCUAGGCGUUGGGAGAAGCAGUAUCUAGCCUCGAUGGCACAGGUCACUUUGGAUGACUUUGACAUAGCCUACUCCAUGUCUGACUCGCUCAGCCAGGAGCUCAACGAUAACACGCGCGGUGAUGUCGCGCUUUUCUCAGUUACAUUUUCCCUUAUGAUCACCUAUGCUUCUAUUGUUGCUGUCGGUGGAAACUGGGUUUCACAAAGAGGUAACCUGGGAAGGGCAGGCGUACUUCCGGCCGGACUAGCGAUUCUGGGUUCGUUUGGUUUCUGUUCUGCCGUCGGUGUAGACUUCGUCAACAUGGUUGGGAUAAUGCCCUUCCUUAUAUUAGGUAUAGGUGUGGAUGACAUGUAUAUCCUCAUGUCAAGUUUGGCCGAUGCACCGUUUGGUGCAAGCGUGGAAGACAGAAUAUCUUUUACACUGCAAACCAGCGGUGUAGCAAUAACGAUCACCUCCGUCACAGAUUUCAUCGCAUUCAUGGCCGGCACUUUGUCGGUAUUUAAAAGCGUCCGUAAUUUUUGUCUAUACACAGGUGUCGCUGUUGCUCUAUGUUACAUCAAUGUCAUUACGUUCUUCCUCGCCUGUAUGGUUCUGCACGAGCGGCGUGUCACUCAGAAUCGCCAUUGUCUCACCUGCAUCCCGUUAAUGACUGGUGAGGAGAGUAGAAAAGCUAACAAGUCCAAGACACACCUGUACUGCUGCACUGGCCGUCCCGCAACAUCCAGAGAAGAAUACGAAAGUGUCUUUGAAAAACUCCCUCGUCUCUUCCUUCCAAAAACUGUUCUGUUUAAACCGGCGAAAAUUGGUAUCUUAUUCACAUAUCUGAUAUAUCUAGCGAUUUCUAUCUGGGGGGCAAGUAAUCUGGAAGAGGGUCUGAAGUUAAAGAAUUUAGUUUCUCCUGAUUCCUAUUAUCACAGAUUUAGCCAAUGGAACUAUCAAUAUUUUGAUCUCAAGAUGUUAGUAACAUUUAUUGUACCGAAGCAUUACGAUUACUCAAACCAACGGACAUAUGAUUCCCUACAAAGUCUUAUGAGUAGCGUGAAAACUGACCACAAAAUUGACCAUCAAUACGAAAUUAACUGGUUGAAAACAAUGCAUGACACCGGUUUUUAUGACCAAAAAGCAAACAUCUCUGAGGUGGCAUUUGUAAAAUCUGUUCACAGAUUCGUAAAUACAUAUAAAGCGUUCGAAAAUGACGUCGUGUUUGAUGAAAAAAUCGAAAAGAUCAUUGCUGCGAAGUUCCAUCUGUUUACCAGAAACAUCAAAACAUCACAGGAGCAGGGUGGAUUAAUGGUGCGCAUGCGCAAUUUUGCUUCUGAUUCAGAGUUGAAUGUUUUCGCUUUCUCCCCUUGGUUUAUCUACUUUGAACAGUUCGUGGCCGUACUUCCCAACACUUUGCAGACAGUGGGCGUGGCUAUCGUAGCAGUUUUUAUCAUAACGUGUCUAUUUAUGCCCAAUCCGAAAAUCAUUCUCUUUGUCACAAUGACAAUGGCAUCUAUCAUUCUGGGGUUGAUCGGCUUUAUGCAUCAUUGGGGCCUGUCUUUAAGUUCCAUAACCAUGAUCCACGUGAUCAUGAGUGUUGGUUUCUCCGUUGAUUUUUCAGCCCAUAUUUGUCACGCGUUUGUAACAGCAGACGGUACAGAUCGUAACGCGCGCGUUAAUACCGCUAUUGUACGAGCUGGUGGACCUAUUUUCAAUGGCGCUUUUACAUCUAUCAUUGGGGUUGUAAUGUUGGUGUUUUCGAAAUCCUACGUGUUCGUGUCAUUCUUUAAAGUGAUGACUCUCGUGAUCGUGUUCGGGGUUUUCCAUGCCGUUCUCGUUCUACCCGUUGUACUGUCUUUGUUUGGUCCCGAUCGAUCGCUUAAUACCGUUCAAGAAGUAUAUGGCGAGCAUAACCCCCAAAACGGUCAUGAGAUUAAAAUGAAAGAUGGUGAGGUUAAUCAUGCUUAUCAAAUGGGAAACUAG